GGCGGCGGCGGCGAGAGGUGAGGCUCCGGCACGCGCCCCACUCGCUGCGAGAGCGCGAGCCGCGCGCUCCCGCUGCCCGCGUCGCCAUCUUUUUCCCCCUCCGUCCGUCUGUCUGCCGUUGGCUUUGUCCGUCCGCCGCGCCUCCCCUCGCCUCCCUACCGCCGGCCCGGCCUGCAGCCACCCUCUGCCCGCCGGGGUCCGGUCCCGGAGAGCCCCGGCCCGGCCAGCCUGAGCUGCGGCCGGGGCCCAUUGUCCCGCGGUCCGUCUGUCCGGAGGCGGGGCCCAGGGACGCGGAGCGCCGAGGCAGCGGAUUCACAUCACUUGGAUUUGGGCGAGUUUACUUUGCUCCGUGGGAACCUCGCCAGAGCUGGAGGUCUGAAAAGAACUGUGUUUGCUAUGCAGAUAUGAUAGAAGACUGCCUGAGAGCGGCUUCCUUUGCCACUUCCUGUGGAGGCCUGUCUUUGCCAUUUGCGGUUUCUUUCUUCUUUUGGUUAGCACCUUACAAGGAGGCAGUGAUAUAUCCAGUGGUGGAACUGGGAAAGACCAGAGCUUUUGUAUCAGGGAAACAUGUCCCGUAGGAAACAGACAAAUCCAAAUAAAGUUCACUGGGAUCAAGUAUUUGCUGGGCUAGAAGAACAAGCCCGACAAGCGAUGAUGAAAACUGACUUUCCUGGAGACCUUGGCAGUCAGCGACAAGCUAUCCAACAACUAAGAGAUCAGGACUCCAGUAGCAGUGAGUUCUGCACCUUCUGGUGACAGUGAAGGUGAUGAAGAGGAGACCACACAAGAUGAAGUAUCUUCCCACACUUCAGAGGAAGAUGGUGGGGUAGUCAAAGUGGAAAAAGAAUUAGAAAAUGCAGAACAGCCUGUUGGUAGUGGGAAUGCAGUAGUAGAUCACGAGGUCACAGAAAACCUAAAUUCUGACCCCUUGCUUGAACUCUGCCAGUGUCCCCUCUGCCAGCUAGACUGUGGGAGUCGGGAGCAGCUGAUCGCGCAUGUGUACCAGCAUACUGCAGCAGUGGUGAGUGCCAAGAGUUACAUGUGCCCUGUCUGUGGACGGGCCCUUAGCUCCCCAGGGUCUUUGGGUCGCCACCUCCUAAUCCAUUCAGAAGACCAGCGGUCUAACUGCGCUGUGUGUGGAGCCCGUUUUACUAGCCAUGCCACUUUUAACAGUGAGAAACUUCCUGAAGUCCUUAAUAUGGAAUCCCUACCCCAAGUCCACAGUGAGGGCCCCUCCAGCGCUGAAGGGAAGGACAUUGCUUGUAGUCCUCCAGUAUACCCCGCUGGAAUUCUGCUUGUGUGCAACAACUGUGCUGCCUACCGCAAGCUCCUGGAAACACAGACCCCCAGUGUACGCAAGUGGGCCCUCCGUCGACAGAACGAGCCUUUGGAAGUACGGCUACAACGACUCGAACGAGAACGCACCGCCAAGAAGAGUCGGCGAGACAAUGAGACCCCAGAGGAGCGGGAGGUCAGACGCAUGAGGGACCGUGAAGCCAAGCGCCUGCAACGAAUGCAGGAGACAGAUGAGCAGCGAGCUCGCCGGCUACAGCGAGACCGUGAGGCCAUGAGGCUGAAGCGGGCCAAUGAAACCCCAGAGAAGCGGCAGGCCCGACUCAUUCGAGAGCGAGAGGCUAAGCGGCUCAAGCGGAGACUGGAGAAAAUGGACAUGAUGUUGCGAGCUCAGUUUGGUCAGGACCCUUCUGCCAUGGCAGCCUUAGCAGCUGAAAUGAACUUCUUCCAGUUGCCUGUGAGUGGGGUCGAGUUGGACAGCCAGCUUCUGGGGAAAAUGGCCUUUGAGGACCAGAACAGCAGCUCUCUGCACUGAACCACACCCUCCUGCCUGACCACCCAUCCACUCCAGCCCACAGGGGUCAGUGCUGCUGUCACCCAGGAGGCCACAGUCCUUGCUGCCACAGGCAGGCCCGGGUUGGUUGCAGGGAAACCUGUGCACCCUCUGCAUGUGGGAACACGAUGGAGUCAGGAGGGACCCAGCUCAAGGCAGCGCUGGACAAGGGAGCAGGCACUCCAUAAACCUAGACUCCUCAGCCCACUGUGGCAGGCCAGGGUUAGGGGACUGUAGGACCCCAGUACAGUCCAUGAAGCUGUGAGGGCCAAUAAAUUAAUUUUAUCUUUACUGAC